AUGGUUGCUGCUACAAUCACUAGGGCAGACGCGCAGUUAUCGCCCGGAAACAACGAUCAUGUCGAACUCUUCCAGAACAACGCUGUCCCUGCUGCUGGGCGAAAGAGAAAAACUUCUGACUCAUCCGCCGGAAACAAUAACAAGAGCCAUGCGCAACGGCAAAAAAUCACUAGAGCGUGUGAUUACUGCAAGGGAAAGAAGACUCGUUGCACAGGGACGCUGCCGUGCUUGAGAUGUUCUAGGCUGUCGCUGCGUUGCGAGUACAAUGCUGCUUAUUCUAGGGGGUUACCCCCGGAUCCUCUGCCUUUUUCUAAAAGCGGAGAUGGUAACGCUAGUCCUGUAUCUAAUCAUGCCGGUUAUGGGCUUAGUACUCCAUCUCAGGGAUCUUCCAGCAGCCGUUUCAGAGAUACUGCUUCGUCGCGCUCACAGCCUCGUAGAGGCAGCUCGGGGCUUAAAUCCCAUGAUUCACCAGAACCAGUGGCCACAGACCUCGAGGGCAACUAUCUUGGUCCUUCAUCGGGAAUAUCUUUUCUCAAUCGAGUGUGGCAGCGUUUACACCACGAUGAAUCAUCUGCGAUCACGGACGAAUUGCAGAACGAGUGCUCUUCAAAGAAUACAUCGGUGUUCAUGUUCGGGGACAGGCCAUAUUCAAACUUCCAGGAAUCCGGCUUUACGCUUCCGCCUUUCGACAAGGCCCGGGAGCUGGUUGAUGUCUACUUCGAUUACGCCAUUGUCACUUACCGCUUUUUGCACAGAGGAAGUGUCGACGAGUGGUUGAUUCAGGUGUAUGAGAAUGAUUUCUCCUUCGCGAAUCCACCGACUGGCAAUAUGGUUGCGAGGACCGCAAUCAUUCUUAUGAUUUUUUCAGUGGCUACUUUGUACGAGGAGCAGCAUCCGGGAAUCCAGAAAGAUCAUGGGAAUGAGAGUGAGCUAUGGUAUACGGCCUCGAAACACAUGUCUUCAAUAGAGUCCGGUCCUCCACGACUAGAGACGAUUCAGGCACGCCUGGGUCAAUGUCUUUAUCUGCUCUCGUCCUCUCGAGCAAACGAGUGUUGGUAUGCAUUUGGCACGGCCUUGCAACUCGUGACGGCAUUAGGAUUACAUAGAAAGUUUCCCGCAAAGAAGUCAAAGAACGGAAAUACCUACCUUGAACAAGAACUCCGAAAACGCAUCUUUUGGAGCGCAUAUACCUUAGACAAGUACCUUAGUGUCAUGUUUGGACGGCCCAGGCUGCUUCAUGAUGAAGAUAUUGACCAGGAACUUCCCGAGGAAAUGAAUGACGAGGACAUGCUGCAAGAAGAUCCGGCGAAGAGAACAGGCUCAGCAGACUGUAUGAUGAUCGCAUCUGUUCUCCAUUACAAGAUCGGUCGUAUUCUCGGGGAAAUCUCACGGCAGCUUGGUUCGAUCAAUCCUCAUUCUCGAGAUUCGCCACUUGAUAGAGUCGUUCGUCUUACUACAGAGCUGGAGAAGUGGAAAGAGGAGAUGCCACCGUUAUUCAGUAGCGUUCGCCCGACGAGUCUUAUCCCGCCGCUUUGUCGACAGAGCCAGGUUUUACAGCUGGCGUACUCCCAUGCGAUGAUCCAUGUUACCCGGUCAUUCCUCUUGAACGAUUUCACAGACCUCAGUCGCAGACCUCAAAUACCUCAUCCGACAGUGACGAAUGUCUUGCAAAAAUGCAUUGGUGCCGCUGAGAAUGUCAUUACUCUCGUAGACAGUCUCGCGAAGCAGGGCGUCAUGAUCCAGUCGUUUUGGUUCACGCAUUAUGUAUGCUUCUGCGCCAUUAUUGUGGUAUACAUAUACAUCAUUCAACAGCAUCAAUCCUCUUCUCCAUCUGCAUUUUCACCACAGAGUACGGAAAACAGCAGUCGCUUGCACGACCUAUUCAACCUUGCAGAAGCCUGUCAACAGCACCUUGCAGAAGCCACUCGCAAAAACUGCCCGAGUCGUCGCUACAGCAUCAUCUUGGAGGAACUGAGACGUGAAGUCCAUAGGCAAAUCGGUUCACCAUUACCGUCGAGCACCCCGGUAAACCCGCAAAAUCAGAAAGCUCCACUGGACCAAGAUCAAUUCCUUCUGUCCAAUAUGGACCAGCCAGUUUCGUUGGAUUCCAGUAUUUUGGACUAUGCUCCGCCACAGAACUUUCAGGCCUCGGACUUGCCAGGGGCUUCGUUUAACCCCAUGGAUGACAUUAAUCUGCUGGAGAGCCUGGAAGGGCCGAAUUGGUGGGCCCAGCUGGAUUCUUGGGCCUUUUCGAAUCCGUCUAAUGAUCCGUCCAUGUUUAUGUUUUGA